AAUUUCGGAACGAGAAUUCCGGGGAAACCUUUCAUAUUCGACAUGGAUAUGAGUGUUGGAGAUUUCCUAGCACUGUUCUAUCUCCUGAAAGUGCCAGUUGAAGUAAUUGACCUUCAGGCAAUAUUAGUGACUCCGACCGGAUGGGCUAAUCCUGCUACAAUAGAUGUAAUCUACGAUUUGCUGCAUAUGAUGGGUCGCGACGACAUCCCUGUUGGUCUCGGAGAAAUGUUCGCGAUGCAACAAUCUGACUCAGAUUUCCCAGGUGUUGGAAACUGCAAGUACCUUAAGGCCAUCCCACAAGGGAGUGGUGGACUUCUGGACUCAGACACUCUUUACGGGCUGGCUCGUGACUUGCCAAGAAGUCCUAGAAGGUAUACUGCGGAAAACUCUGUGAAGUUUGGUGCUCCUCGGGAUACUGAUCACCCGGAACUCAGGCAACCUUUAGCAAUGGAAAUUUGGGAUUCUGUUGUGGGAAAUAUGAAUCAAGGAUCUAAGAUUUCAAUACUGACCAAUGGACCCUUGACUAAUUUAGCAAGGAUCAUUUUGGAUAGGACAAAUUUGACCUCUCUAAUUCAGGAUGUAUACAUUGUUGGAGGACACAUGAGGAAUGGCAACAUGGCCAAAGGAGACGUCUUUACUGUCCCUUCAAAUAAGCAUGCAGAAUUCAAUAUGUAUCUUGAUCCUUUAUCAGCAAAGACAGUUCUCGAAUCUCGACUCAAUAUCACAAUUAUUCCACUUGGAGCUCGUCGUAGCAUAAGCUCAUGUCGUAGCAUGCUAGAAAGGCUGUAUAAGGCAAGGGACGCAACACCAGAGGCUCAGUUUGCUUACAAUUUGCUGUCAACACCAUCAUUGCAGCAGACUCGUCGAAGAUAUGGGCACAUGGAAACCUUCUUGGGGGAGAUCUUAGGUGCAGUAUUUGUUGCUGGUGAUCAUUCAUUACUAAAACCUACCUUGCAAGGCAAGCAUAUCAAGGUCAUUGUCGAAGGAGUUGAAUCGAAAGACGGAGAAAUAGUAAUAGAUCGGAAGAAAGGAAAAUUGGUGAGAGUAUUGGAAAAAGUGGAUGCUAUAGCAUACUAUGAUAUAUUUGUAGAUCAGCUCAGGAGUAAAAGUCAGUCUGCUGUUGUAGGAUCCUUUGAUGAGCAGAUGAAAAAGUGGACAACACCACCUAAUCAAACUGAUUUUGAAACCUAAGGCA